UAAGGGACGCCUGGGAUAUUUCAUCUUAGAAACGACUAAUUGUAGAAAUGGACGCUAAAAUCGCCAAAAAAAAACGUUGUAUUUGAUAGCUAGAAGUUCAGUAAAAUGGAGAACAAGCCUCAAAUAAUACUCCACGCGACUAGCUCUCUUAAUUAUACGUUAUUCGACGCCAAAUGGGUGCCGUGCAGCGCGAGGUUUGUCGUGUUAGGAAACCAUGCCCGCGGCACGGGGGCCAUGCAAGUUUACGAGCUGUCAAAAGGGAGCAUCAAGUUACUAAAAGAUGUCGAGAAAAGAACUCCAUUUAAAUGUGGGACGUUUGGAGCUUCAAGUCUACAGCAAAGAUAUUUGGCCACUGGUGACUUUGAAGGAAAGAUGAUGAUCUGGAAUCUUGAGAACACAGAGAAGCCAGUCUACUCUGUCAAGGCACACACACAAAUCAUCAAUGCUAUUGAUGGUGUUGGGGGGCUUGGAGUUGGAGAAGGAGCCCCAGAGAUUGUGACUGGCAGCAGAGAUGGCUCUGUCAGUGUCUGGGAUCCUCGGCAGAAGGACAAGCCAGUUGCUAGCAUGGCCCCCAUUGAAGGGCAAGAGGGCAGAGAUUGCUGGGCCGUGGCAUUUGGUGAUACAUACAACGCAGAAGAGCGCUCCGUAGUGGCAGGUUAUGAUAAUGGGGAUAUAAAGAUGUUUGAUUUGAAGAAGAUGGCCCUGAGAUGGGAAACAAAUGUGAAGAAUGGGGUUUGUGGUUUGGAGUUCGACCGUAAAGACAUAAUGAUGAACAAGCUGGUAGCCACAACACUAGAAUCCAAGUUCCAUGUUUAUGACCUGAGAACACAGCAUCCAGAGAAGGGAUUUGCAAGUGUUACAGAGAAGGCUCACAAGUCAACUGUGUGGUGUUGUCGUCACUUGCCACAGAACAGAGAUGUUUUUAUGACGUGUGGUGGGAAUGGUUCUGUAAAUCUAUGGAAAUACUCUUACCCUGUAAAGAGAUCUGAGAAAGACUCUGAUGGAGUAGAAAUGGGUGUGGCAGGUUCCGUGAUGCAGCUCCAGAAUGCAACAUUUUCCUCUCAACCAAUUGGCUCAUUUGAUUGGAGCCCAGACAAGGCUGGUCUUGCAGUUUGUACUUCAUUCGACCAGACGUUACGUGUUCUUAUUGUGACGAAGCUCAACAAGAUAUGAUUUGUAGCAAAUGUUCUAGUAAAUAUCCUGUGAUACCGUACUCUACGGAACUCAGCAGCUCAGCGGGACUUAGGUGAAAACCAAAAGGAUUAUUUAUUGCAACGUUUGUUGCCUGAGACAUCAACACGCCGAUAUAGCAACACCAAGAGUUCGUGCUAUAACUAAAACUGUUGGAGGAUAUGUUGUAAUUCUCAUAAAAUGCCUCUGGGCUUAUUUUAGUAUUAUUUUUAUGUCUGUUGUAAUUCUAGCAGUUUUAGGGAAAAAGACAUUUACUGCGAUUGUGAGUAAUCUGCACCCUCACCCUCGUUAGUUCCAAGGGACAAAAAAUAAACCUUCGCUUCCACCAACUAAAAGCCUUGAACUGUUUUCCUUGGCCUACAAUUUGAUGUCUUCCAACCAAGCCAUCAUACUGUAUUACAUUGACCAAUCAGAGUAUCCUAAUUUGUCCCAUUAAAAUUCCAAACUUAAUUUAAAGAAAAGUGGUUUGGCAUUUUAGGAAUCUUUGGCAAGAAUUCUCAGUAUACUUUAAUGUAAUGUGUUAUACGGUUUAUAUUAAAAAAUAAGAAAAAGUUA